GCGAUUCCUUGUCACGAGUGUCAAUGUCAACAAGCAUGACACCCUGACGCUUUCUCUGGUAUUAUAACCCGUGGGUCAGGGAGGUCCUCUUAGUGUGUGAGUUGGUCCACAAGGAGGUUGUGGCUGCCUUCCCUGCUCUGCGCGAACUCAGGAUGGCUGUUGCGGCGCCACUGUGCUUGGCGGCGGUCCUCCUGGCCCUGUCUCAGGAAGCCCUGACGCGCGGCAUCCCCGAGGAGGAGCUUCCGGGCACCGCCCUGGCUUCCGAUGACUCUCCCGCUGAGCCGCGCGCCCCAAAGGAAUUCUUCGAUCCCAGCGCACAAGAAACGGACCUAAUCGAAGAUGCUUUUAUGUCUGAGGCAAAGAGAGCGGAUCCUAAGGAGAUUGAAGAAGACCAAGACUAUGCAUUAAAAGGGCCUGGCAGGCUGGAUCCUGAGCAGGAGUCGAAAGAAAGUCGCAAUCUUGCCCCGACAAACGAUUUAUCAGAGUCAGAGAAAUCUGCCCUGAAUGACGAGACGGAAAAGAAAGUUAAUGGUGAGCUGAAGAAAGCUCGAGCUCUGAUGAAAUUGGAUCAGAACCUGGGAGAGCCUCUGAAUGCAGAAGAAUCGCUAAUUGAUCUGACUGAAAGCGGCAAGGAACCAUUACAUGUCAUUCGCAAGCGUGAGGCAGAGGAGAGUAUGUCAGACGUAGACGACUCAGUAAAUGAUAUCAUAGAUAGUUUAACUUCGUCAGCACUUGAAGAUAAACCUGCAAACAGUGAAGUUCAUGAAUUUCUAGAGGAGCUGCUUGCAAAAGAUAAGCUCAACAAAAUAUAUGAGUUUAAAGAAGUUUUAGAUUUACUCCCCAAAAAAACAACCGCCCAAAGAAAUAUAGACAAAGUUUUAGACGGUGAACUCGCCAAAAUCAGUGAGGUGGAUGAAGCUUUAGAAGAACUGUUCCCAAAAGGCAAGAUCAAGAAAAGAAGUGAUGUAGAAGAAGUUUUAGAGAAACUUCUUGCAAAAGAUGAUAUAGUAAAGAUAAAAAAGGCAGAUGAAACAGAGGGAGUUUUAGAAUUACUCCCUAAACAAAUCAGCAAAAGAAGUGAAGUAAAGGAAGUCCUUGAGGAACUGCUCCCAGGAGGUAAGCUCACCAAAGUAGGUGAGACAGACGAGCUUUUAGAAGAACUGAUUUCAGAAGGUAAGCUUAUCAAAGACUCUCUUAAGCUGCCAAAAAGCAUGGAUUUAUUACCUGACGAAGAUAAGGCAGUGAAAGAACUAACAGAAAUUUUGCAUUCAGCGCCAUCAAAAAAAGGGCGGCUGUACAUGAUAAAAAGAAGUUUAAUGAAUUAUGAAAAUCAAGAGAAUUCAGCGGAAAACGAGUUGGCAGAAAUUCUUGAGUUAUCUUCAAAGGACAUACAUAAGAAGGAGAUCCUGCCAGACCCAGAGUUGCCGGAAUUGAAGAGGUUGAGAAGAAACGACAAAGCUUUGUCUGAGGAAUCGAUAUUGAAGGAUUUGAUAGAUGGUAUUCAACUGCAAACAAAGAAAGCGCGAAAACUUUCAGGUAAUAAGAAACUUUCAGAUCCUGAACUAUUCACAAUGAAGGAUUUAUUAAAGACUGAGUUGGAGCUCUUUGGUCUGAUAAAACCGGAAGAAGCUCGGCAAGAUGGAGGCCCUGAAACACCUCCAAGAAUCAGAGCAAGAGCGAUUAGUCCUUUGCAAUCAAGAGACCUUCUCGCGCUUGAAGAAAGUGCGUCGGAACCAAAAGGGCCUGAUGACCACCGCCAGACCAGAUCACGCGCAGGAGAGCAUGACCCCCGAGAGCUGAGUCCCGGCGCCCUCGAUGACGAUUCUUCUCUCCUCGAGCCUUUGCUACAGGGCAGUGGAGAGGGAACUCGCCGGAGAAGGGGUGUGUCUGAGACUAAUAAUUUUGAAUUGGGAAAUUCUGCCGAUCGAGUUUCCAGAUAUGAGAGAGAAGCUGCAAAUGAACAGACUGGCGAAGGUCUGAAAAACUUACCAGCAGAAACUUAUGACCCAUACCCUUUGGACGAGAGCCUAGAUUUGAAGCAAAGUCGUAAUAUGGAGGUUGUGGACAGGGAGCAGUUAUCAGACGUGGAUCUCCAAGAGCAAUCAAAAACUAUCAAUACCGAGUUGUUGAAAUCGCCGAAAAUGUUGGACGAUGUUAAUCUCCAAGAAGGCAGUCUCCCGACCAUCGAGUCCAUGGCGCCACAAUAUGUUCAGGACUACAAGAAGGCACCCGAGCUCCAGCCAGGCCCUGAAUCCCGCCAGGCAGCGGACUCGUUCUGGUACAGAGUCUCUCCGGACGACGACCUCACAGAGGAAGGAGCUAACGCGGGGGACAAGAACACCACACAAGGAGAAGGCAAAGAACACGAGAGGAAGGGGAAGACAGAUUCGCAGAAAGAGGCCGGGACCGUCGCGCAGGAAGGCGACAAGAGAACGGAUGACAGCAGCGCCGCAAAAGACCAGAAAAAGGCGGCAGCCAGCGACACGAAUCGAAAUUACAAGUCUGUCGAAAAGGAAAAUUAUUUUGAUAAUGAUGAUAAUACUGACCUUACUCCAGAGGCUCAGAAGUGAGCACGUGAAGCGAACGUACCAUUAGGAACAGACGAAAAGAUCAUAUAGGUAGUGAUUAUAGACAUUAUACUCUCGCCUUCUGCCACAUGCAAUAUAAAAGCUGCGAUUAGAUGAUAUCAAUAAAGUUUGGAAAGUAA